CGCCAACUCCAAAAAACACGAAGACUUCCUUUUUCUAGAAAAACUUUCUCUGACUUCUCUAUACAAGUCUAUUCAUUCACCCAAUCACCAUGGUUGACCCCACCGCUUCAUCACCGCAACAGUGCCCAGAUCAAAUACCCCCUAAACCCCCAGAUAUAGAUCACAAUCAACAAAAUAAUACCAACAAAUAUAACUUCAAAGAUAAAUUACUCUCCACCGAACAAAUAAUUGACGUGGACAUGGACAUUUAUGAGGCAGAGCAUGUGGCGGCUUCACGAGAACCACAAAUGCAGAAAGUGUUACAGACCAUCUAACCAAUGGAAUUACAACAAUUCAUCUCACCCAAGAAUAAAAAGAACGAUUACACUCCUCAUGGAAAUUUUCUCUAAUCAUCAAGUUGAUGGGAAAAAGAAUUAUGCACUAUUAUCUGAGAUCAAAAAUCCAAGAGCUCUGGCAACCCACCGGACCUUUUCCACUGAUAGAUCUGGGCAAAGAUUAUUUCAUUGUUAAAUUCACCAAAGAAGAAAAUAUGGUACAUGUGUUAAACAAUGGUCCUUGGUUUGUCCAUGGGCACUUUCUGUCUGUUCAACGCUGAGUACCUCAUUUUGUGGCAGAACAAGCUCAGUCAACCCGCACAGUAACUCCGGCAGUGAACAGUACUCCGGCGGCGAACAAGUUUUUAUUUUUAUUUUAAAUUGUUUUCACCUUGAGUUGAUACCUCUAGUGGCUCAUAUUAAUUCAUGUGUCUUUUAACCUUGUUAAAUCUUGCCUGCUACACAUUCUUGACUCCUGACUUUAAACUCUUGCCUUUAUUCCUUUAGCUUAUAGUGCUAUCUUUCUUGUCAUAGUAACCUGACUUGCAUAUAGUCUCUCGAUAACUGUGCUUUAAUAUUGAUUUUUAUUUGUUUUAGAUAAAUCUUUGAUUUGCUUUUAUUUCCCUUAGUGGCUAUAGUGAGUGAUGGUAGACUAGGGUCAUGUUCUCGGUCGGAGACGGGGGCUAGGGUUAGAGGGGGUAAGUGGGGUCAAGGAGCGUCUAGGUUGAGAGUAGGGUCCUGGAAUAUUGAGACUUUGACGGAGAAGUCCAUAGAUGUAGUUAAGAUUCUUAAGGAGAGGAAGAUUAAUAUAGCUUGCGUCCAAGAGACCAAAUGGGUAGGAUCUAAAGUUAAGGAUGUGGACGGGUACAAGUUAUGAUUAUCGGGUAAGUCAAUGUAUAGGAAUGAGGUAGGCAUUUUAGUAGAUAGUGAGCUAAGGGACCAGGCUGUAGAGGUUAGGAGGGUCAAUGACCGGAUGAUGGCGGUUAAGUUAGUUGUGGAAGGGUUUACCUUGAACAUUAUUAGUGCUUACGCGCCACAAGCAGGCUUAGACGAGGAAGAAAAGAGCGCUUUUGGGAGGAUUUGGAUGAAGUGGUGGGAGGUAUACCGCCCACCGAGAAGUUAUUCAUAGGAGGAGAUUUCAAUGGACACAUCGGCUCAACCUCGGGGGGAUAUGAUGAUGAGCAUGGAGGUUUCGGCUUCGGAGUCAGGAAUGAAGGAGGAGUCUCACUUCUAGAUUUCGCUAAAGCCUUUGGAUUGGUAAUAGCCAACUCGCGUUUCCCGAAGAGGGAGCAUCACUUGCUAACCUUUCGUAGUUCGACGGCUGCGACGCAGAUAGACUUUUUGCUCCUUAGAAAAGAGGAUAAAGGUCUUUGUAAAGACUGCAAGGUCAUUCCGAGUGAGAACCUUACGACCCAACAUAAGCUUUUGGUGAUGGAUUUGGGGAUUAUGAGAAAGAAGAGGAAGAGGGUCACGGAUGACCUGCCAAGGAUCAUGUUAUAUCCCGUGUUUUAACACGUUGGAAAAAUUUGGAAAUAUUCUUGACUUGUAAGAAAUAAGGUCAUAACUAAAUUUUAUUUGUCAUAGGAGGUGUGUAUGAAAGAAUAUUAAUGUGGAAGUGUUGACUAAGGCUAAGGGAAAAUUUGAAAUUUUGGAAAUUAGUUUCGGGAAUUACAAAAGGUGAGCCAUACGUCAUUGGGCCCAAAAUGAAUGAAGGAAAUUUGGGCCCAACACAAAAGGGGUGGCCGGCCAACAUACUUGGCCCAAACCCAAGUCACAUGGUAACCAUGUGACAAUUUAAUUAAGGGACCAUUAUAUACAUUUGAAAGUUGAAGAAAAAUUAGAAGAGAAAGAACAAGCAAAGAGAGAGCAAGAAAAAAAGGGGUUUCGGGUUUGGCCUUGGAAAAUCACCAUAAAAAAUCUCCCUCUAAAAAUUAAUUUCUUGUUGAAUUCCUACUAAUUCAAGGUCCCUUUUCAACUUGGUGUAGUUGGUUUGGAAGAAAGAGCCCUUGGUUCAUCAUCUUGAUCAUAUAGUCAAGUGAAGAAGAUUGAGUAAGAAGGUAAGAAUUCAUCCCUUAUUAUUGUGUUUUGGAGUCUUGUUUGUGUUGUAGUAUGUAGAAAUGUGUUUAUUGUAUGGAGAAAUGGAAGUUUGCAAAGUGGGUGUGUGUUAUUAGUGUAUGGCCGUGUGAAUGUAUAUGUUGUAUAGCCAUAAUGUGUUGAAUUUGUGUUAUAUUCUAGUUGUGAUUGUGGUGAAAUGCAUAUUGGAAAUGAAAGUGGAAUGAAUUGAGUUGGAGUGAUAAAAAGAGCACAUAGCCGUGUGGUGUGUUGGGGUUGGAAUGGAAAUGAAUUAAGUUUGCUUAGUGUGUUAGUGUGUUAUUGUGAUGUUUGCAAUGUAAAUGAAAGUAAAACAAUAUCAGUUUGCUUUGAAAUGGAAUGUAGAAACUUAUGUCGUUUUAGUAUGAUUUUCCGACAUUAGGAAAAUGAAGUUAUUUGGUUGUUAGUUGUGUUGAUCAUUAAUGAAUUUGGAAGUUGGAAACAUGUUAUUAAAAUGUAUGCCAAAGAUUUGAUGUUUUGAACAAGUUAUGACUUUGGCGGAAAGUUGUAUAUUGUGUAUAUCGUGUGUAUAACUUGAGGAAAGGAUAUGAAAUGUUUCUAAAUCUAUACUGUGAUAACCUUGAUUGAUAAUGAGUGUGAAAUCAUUGAUAUUAGUUUGAAAGUUGGGUUGGAGAGAAGGUUAUGGCAAUUGUCGGCAAGUAGAACUAGUUGUGCCAUAUUGUGUUUCUAGUGUUUGUUGUUGAUGUUGAUGUUGUUGUUUGGGUUGUUGUUGAUGAUUGUGAGCCGAGUUGAAUUCUCGGGGGUGCUAUAUGUAUAGGGGAAGUGCUGCCGAAAUUUCGGUAGACAAAUAAGAGUUGAAUUGAAUUUGUAGCAUCUAUAACUUACAAUUGGUAAACUUGACCCAUUUGCAGAUUUUUGACGAAACGGGAAGUGAGUUUGGAAAGGCGUAAGGAGCUUGAAAGGUACCGACGACAGGUUUGCUGAUCCGUCCGCUUAGGAUCUCAUUCUGCUAUUUUUGGAGCGCUCUUUUAUUCAGAGCCAUCUUUUGUUAUGCCUCCAAAAAAGGCGACAGCGGCCCAAAAGGCCAAGGCAGCAGCUGUGGGAGAGACUAGUCGGGCCCAGAGGGUUACCAGGGCCCAUGCUCAUAUUGCUCCUGAUGUUAUGCCCCCGGCAGAGGGCUCUUCCACACCGCCACAUGUAGAGGAGAUUGGAGCAGCAGCAGCUGCAGGUCGAGGGGCGGCUCCACCGCCAGCUCUCGAGAUUCCAGUACCUGAGCCCCCAGCUCCACGGCCAGGCACUGAGGAUCAGUCCAUGAGAGAGGCAGUCCAGCUAUUGACCAGACUUGUGGCAGGACAGGUUCAGGGGCACGGACUGGGAGGUGACCGGGCUUACAGGCGUGACAGUUCGAGAGCCCGUGAGUUCUUGACUUGUGGUCCUCCAGUGUUCUUCGGGACUAAACCCGAGGAGGAUCCUGAGGAGUUUAUCAGGAAGAUGCGGCGCACUUUACAGCUGAUUAAUGCUUCCGAGACAGAGUCAGUUGCAUUGGCUUCGUACCGGUUGUAUGAUGUAGCGGCAAAUUGGUACGAGUCAUGGGAGUUAUCCAGAGGCGACGACGCUCCCCCAGCAGUUUGGGAUGAUUUUUCUCAGGCUUUUCUUAGUCAUUUUCUGCCUCCGGAGUUACGGCGGGCCAAGGCUGACAGAUUCUUAUUGCUGAGACAGAGGGGUCGCAGUGUUCGAGAGUACAGUAUGGAGUUCGACUCAUUGGCCCGAUACGUACCUGCUGUGGUAGCUACUAUGGCUGACAGGAUGCACAGGUACAUUAUGGGGCUGGAUCGUUAUUUUGUCGACAGCUGUUUGGUAUUGGCUGCUCAGCCCGGCAUGGAUAUUGCCCGGAUUCAGGCCCACACCCAGGGCAUGGAGGACCGGCAUAGGGAGCGUCAGCCUGAUAGGAGCCAGGAUCGGAGACAGCCCAAGAGGGCCAGAUCAUCUGGGUAUUCGGGAGAUUUUCGGGGCAGGCAGCCUCAGCAGCCUCAGCAGCCUAGCAGACAUCUAUCCCAGCCGGCACAGAGCGCACCUCCACAGCCUACAGGUCGCAGAUUUGAUAGCCCAGGUUAUUCAGGAGCAGGUCAGAGCUCCAGGGCUUCAGGUUCGCGGACAGACAGGGGUUCUGGUCAGACGAGGCCACCUAGGCCUCAGUGUUCUUACUGUGGCAGAUACCAUCCUGGGGAGUGCUACAGAGCCACCGGUGCAUGUUUUUCUUGUGGCCGUCAGGGCCAUUCUGUGAGAGAUUGCCCGUAUAAGGGUAGUUUGGGUGGUGCAGCGCAGCCUACCGGAUCAGCCGCCGGGUCUUCAUCUUCAUCAGUGGCUAUGCACCCUACGGGGCCAGGUACUUCAGCACCAGCGGGUCGCGGCAGAGGCCGUGGUGGAGCUUCGGGUACUAGCGGUCCUUCGAACCGCAUCUAUGCUCUGUUCAGCCGCCAGGAUCAGGAGGCAUCGCCUAAUGUCGUCACAGGUACAUUAUUGGUUUUCUCUCGGUCUGUGUAUGCAUUGAUUGAUCCAGGUUCGACUUUGUCAUAUAUUUCGCCUCUGGUUGCUAGUAAAAUUGGUAUAACAUCUGAACCUAUAGAGCCGUUUGAGGUAGCCACACCGAUUGGGGACUUUAUUGUAGCAAAACAGGUAUAUAAAAAACUGUUCUGUAAUUGUAUGUGGCCGUGACACUAAGGCAGAUCUG